GUCACGCCACGUUCGUUCGUUGAGGGUUCUGAAACCUGUAAAGGGAGAGCGACCGGCAGACGAUUUGGAGAGUGAAAACCAUCGCCGGGAGGUUUAGGGUUGCGAGAGUGAAAGAGAAAGCUAAGAAAGGGGAAAUUAAAAUGCGGGUCGCCGUAGUAGGAGCAGGGAUUUCUGGCCUCGCGGCGGCUUUCGAGCUCUGUAAUGCCGGCGCAGAGGUGGUGAUUUAUGAGAAAGAAGAUCACCUCGGCGGCCACUCUCGCACCGUCGCCGUCGACGGAAUCAAUGUCGAUCUCGGAUUCAUGGUCUUCAAUCGGGUUACAUAUCCCAACAUGAUGGAAUUCUUUGAGAAACUUGGUGUAGAGAUGGAGGUCUCGGACAUGUCUUUCUCUGUGAGCUUGGAAGGAGGGAAAGGUUGCGAGUGGGGAAGCCGAAAUGGACUGGCUAGUCUAUUUGCACAAAAAGCCAACUUUUUUAAUCCUCACUUUUGGCUUAUGCUUCGAGAAAUCAUCAAGUUCAAGGAUGACACCCUCAAGUACCUCACAGAGCUUGAGGAGAACCCCGAUUUGGAUCGAAAUGAAACUUUAGAGGCUUUUAUAAAGUCACAUGGAUAUUCUGAGUUGUUUCAGAAGGCUUAUCUUGUUCCAAUGUGCGCAUCAAUAUGGUCCUGUCCUUCAGAAGGAGUAAUGAACUUCUCAGCUUACUCUGUACUGUCAUUUUGCCGCAAUCAUCAUCUUUUACAGCUGUUCAAUCGGCCUCAAUGGCUUACAACGAAGCAUCGUUCACAUGACUAUGUCAAUAAGUUAAGAGAAGAGCUAGAGGCUAGAGCUUGUCAAAUUAAAUUGGGAUGUGCAGUAGAAUCGGUAUCUAGCACCGAUAACGGUUGCUCCGUUUUAGGAUCAAACCUUUCAGAAGAAUAUGAUGAAUGCAUAAUUUGCACUCAUGCGCCAGAUGCUUUGAAACUUCUUGGGGGGCAAAUAACAUAUGAAGAAUUAAGAAUACUUGGUUCCUUUCAGUAUGCAUAUAGUGACAUCUAUCUUCAUCGUGACAAAAGUUUGAUGCCCCAGAACCCAUUGGCAUGGAGUUCUUGGAAUCUUCUUGGGACUACAGAAGAAGGUGUUUGCCUGACAUAUUGGUUGAAUGUGAUUCAGAACCUGGGAUCCACUUCCCUUCCAUUUCUUGUGACUCUCAACCCAUCUUUUACUCCAAAGCAUAAGAUACUUAAGUGGACUACAAGUCAUCCCAUACCCUCAGUUGCAGCCUCAAAAGCCACUCUUGAGCUUCACAAGAUCCAGGGUAAAAGGAGGAUCUGGUUCUGUGGGGCAUAUCAAGGCUACGGCUUCCACGAAGAUGGGCUAAAGGCUGGAUCAACUGUUGCUAAGAACAUGCUAGGGAAGGAGGUAAAACUUCUGAAAAACCCAAAGCAAAUGGUACUUUCUUUGAUGGAAGUUGGAGCAAGGCUGGUAGUGGUUAAAUUUUUGGAACGUUUUGUCUCUACUGGUGCUUUAACGUUGCUUGAGCAAGGUGGAACGAUGUUUGUUUUUGAAGGAAAUAACAAGAGUACUCACGUGAAAUCUGUCCUGAAAGUGCAUAAUCCUUUAUUUUACUGGAAGAUUGCUACUGAAGCUGAUAUAGGCCUUGCAGAUGCUUACAUUAGUGGCUACUUCUCAUUUGUUGAUGAGAAAGAAGGUCUUCUUAAUCUUCUUUUGGUUCUUAUAGCUAACCGUGAUCUGUGGAAUUCUUUUAGCCAUAAACAAAACAAGAGGGGUUGGUGGACUCCAUUACUUCUGACAGCCGGGAUUGCUUCUGCUUGGUAUUUUCUCCAGCAUAUCUCAAGGAGAAACAGUCUUUCCCAGGCUCGCCGAAACAUUUCACGUCAUUAUGAUCUGAGCAAUGAGUUCUUCUCUUUAUUCUUAGAUGAGACAAUGACUUACUCCUGUGCAAUUUUCAAGGCUGGAAAUGAGGAGUUACAAAUUGCACAACAACGCAAACUCUCUCUUUUAAUCGAAAAGGCUAAGAUUGAAUCAAAGCAUGAAGUUCUCGAGAUUGGUUUUGGUUGGGGAAGCUUUGCCAUUGAAGCCGUGCGGCGAACAGGAUGCAAAUAUACUGGUAUCACCUUGUCUAUAGAGCAAUUAAAAUUUGCAAAACGAAGAGUGGAGGAAGCUGGCUUACAGGACCGUGUCACAUUAUUGUUGUGUGAUUAUCGCCAACUUUCAACCUCUCAAAAAUAUGACAGGAUUAUAUCUUGUGAGAUGAUCGAAGGAGUUGGUCACGAAUACCUGGGACAGUUUUUUGGUUGCUGCGAAGGGCUUCUUGCUGAGCAUGGCUUAGUUGUUCUGCAGUUUAUUUCAAUUCCUGAUCAAAGGUAUCAGGAAUACAGGAGAAGCUCUGAUUUUAUAAAGGAGUUUAUUUUUCCUGGCGGAUGUCUUCCUUCUUUGAGUAGAGUGACCUCUGCCAUGACCGAUUCCUCUAAACUCUGCAUUGAGCAUGUGGAAAAUUUAGGCAUACACUACUACCAGACCCUUAUAUGCUGGAGAAAUAAUUUCAUGGCCAACAGACGUAAGAUUAUGGCACUGGGGUUUGACGAUAAAUUUAUGCGCACAUGGGAUUACUAUUUUAUAUAUUGUGCAGCAGGUUUUAAAUCUCGUACCCUUGGCAAUUAUCAGAUAGUUUUUUCUCGGCCAGGCAACUUGAAGGCAUUCAACAACUCAUUUGAAGGCAUUCCAUCUGCAUGUUGACCAUUUUCUAGAAACCUAUCAUUUU